UAUAGCACUAAUGUCCAUACAGUAUCUUAUCACUACUAUUAUUGCUAUCGAUGUACAUACAUUCUUAUCCAUUCUAUUCUAUCGUUAUCUGUUUACUGUUAUCUAUCCUAUUCUUAUUCAUUCUAUCAUCUGUUUUGUUUACUGUUAACUAUUCUAUUCUUAUUCAUUCUUUUUAUGAUGACCUUUUCUAUUAUUUUUAUUUUCAAUCAUUAUCUUUUAUAUCGUUAUUUAUUGUAUUGUUCCCUAUUAUCAUCAUAUUUAUUAUUUGCAAUUCUGUUUUUGUUGUAUUAUUAUCAAUUGAUGUGGAUCGAUGCCAUUUGCUUUCAAAGAGACAGAACAGCAGUACGGUACUGACAUUUGUACACCAGUUCUUUUGACUAAAAUGUAUUUUACUUUGAAUCAUAUUUUAGUCAUCUAAAUCAAUUUACUUUUAGUCGUCUAAAUUUCACAACAACUAAAGGCAACUAAAAUGUAGUGGAGUGAGUGUAAAAUAUAAAAACGUAUGAAGGAUAAUGCAUGUUUGAAGUUUUCUUCAAUCAUUGAGGCUGCCUGCAAAGCGUCCCAAUUAUAACAUUCACAACAAAAUGUUCCCCUUUUCUCAAUAAAUACAAGUCAACUCUUUCACACCACCCUUAGUAUAAUACCUAAUGUGACCACAUUAGUAGUCAUACCCUCUGUGGUGUUGCUAAGUCAGACCAACAAAGAAGAGACACUUUGCCUGUCACUGUGCAAUACGGACCCUGAACACAAUCAGUCUGAGCAUGCACAAGGACUACGUCACUUCCUCCUUUAGCUAAUUUUUACGACAGAGCUUCAACGACGUCACAUGCUGUGGUCCUUAUUAUCUUUUAAAUGUAUGAACAUAAAUGGUCAAUAACCAUACUUCAUAUAUAUUGAGAGGUUAUUUUAGAAGUGACUCUUGUUAAAAUACAGUCAAACCUGUCUUAGCGGCCACCUUUAUAGAACGGCCACCUGCCUAUAGCAGCCACUGAAAAAUCCCCCGCAGCAAAUUUACAUGUUAUAGACCCUGUGUAUAGCAGUCACCUGUCCAACGCAGCCAGCGGCCACCCAUUUUGUCUCCCUUGGUCAAUAUCUGACCGCAUAUAGCGGCCAAAUUACCGACUCAAGUAGAAGCUUCAUGCACGAUAAAGUUUUUCUUUUUCAAUCAAUGAAGCCGUCGUGUGUAGACAUUAAUUACUGAGUCCUAGCUCAGUCACAAUCAUUCACAAGAUCCACACAAACUGUCAGUUGUUCCACAUAAAAAAACGUCUUCUUUUGAGCUUGCUAUUUCCUGGUCAAGCAUGUAACUUUAAGAGCAUUUGCACCAAAACAUUACCGCAAAGUAGGCUGGGAACAGGACGUGCUCCCAGCGACGCUACAAUACAAUACAAUACAAUACAAUACAAUACUGCCUGCUCGCUAAAACCAUGCUAACAUAUGUUUUUAAAAAGCAGCGGGAGCAAAACUGAGUUCGGUUGUACUUAAUUGAAGUAUUUUAGAAUGUACUCACGUUAUUUUUCAUCAAUCCUCAUCCAAAAAUCCAUCAAAGUCCUCAUCUUCUGUAUUUGACACAAAAAAAAGCCGUCUUCUUUUCCGUUCGCUAUUAGUCUGUUAACUUGUCAGUGUUAUUCAGCUCCGAAGCAAAGAAAGAAACUUCUCCUGUUGCUUCUGCCAACUUUAUUUAUUGAACGUGGCCACCAGAUAGCAGCUCAGAACACACACACAUCUCUCAGCCUCGUCUCUCCUUCCUGCUUGCCCACAAGGCAAAGGUUAAACAAGCCCCACUACAUAGCUGUCCAGCCAAUGCCUGUAAGAAAUGACACCGUUUAUUUCCUGGUGUGCACUGGUCAAUACUGUAAUGCCGCUUGUUGUGGGGAAGGAGAGACUCACGUCGCCGAUGCACUUUAAUGGCUUUAUUAACAGCGGAGAACACUGCAGGACUUUACAUCCACGCCAACAUAAACACACUUCCCAACUCUCUCCAAACUCACAGCUAGCACUGAGCCUAGCUCUCCUGCUCGGGACGCCCACCGUCACUUCCCGUCACUUCCUGAUGAACUAAAGCUGUAAUGUCACUCUGCCGUAUAAAAAGUAAAAUAUUAAAAACAAGCCUAAGACAUUACUAGCACAGCUUUGUUCUGUGGGUCAUGGAUAAUAACAAGCCUAGUAGAUUCAAGAGUUUUAUUGUCAUAUGCAUAGUAAAACGGACAGUUAUACUAUGCAAUGAAAUUCUUAUUCUGUUCAUUCUCCCAAGAAAAGAAAGAAAACAAGAAAAAGAAUAAGAACAUCAGUAGUGCUGUACAACUUUUAUCUGCAGUCCCACAGUGCCCUCUACUGGUCAACAUUAUAAUUUUUCCCGCCUUUUUUUCUUUUUUCCUCUACUGGUCAACAUUAAAACGCCAACCUGUCUAUAGAGGCCACCUGUCUAUCGUGGCCACUUUUGAAGUCUCCCUCUAGUGGCCGCUAUAGACAAGUUUGACUGUACUUGGUUAGCGUGGGGAUGUUUCUAUCGUCUUACGACAUCCACCAAGACUGAGCUAUGUAAAAACUUACGCAAUGAAUGUAGCACAGACGUAAACGUCAUAUCCGGUUACGUGUAACGUGCAUAAAUAAAUUGAAUAAAACACAUAAAAUGCAGUUAUAUUUCAAUGUAAACAACCAUAAGUCGAGUGCAAUGAUGGAUUCAACGAGAGGAUUCAGCUUUUUCAGGGUUUUUUCUAAACGGGGAAAUAGCAUCCAUCCAAACACAUCUUCCUAGCAAAUGCUUUUGUGUCUAUUUUUUCAGUGUCGAAAAAAACCGUAAAAUAAUUUAUGGAACAAAGAAAAAAGGGCUUAUUAAUUGUCCACGUGCACUAUGGGUAUGAUAGAAGAAAAAAAGAUUGAUUAUGAUAUUUCUCAAAUGUCUAUAUACAGUAUCUUAAUGUUUUUGGGAGUGGAGGGGGGACGCUUGCUGCAGUAAAAUAGAUUCGACGGAUGGCGUAGAUUACACAUGCCUAACAUGUGACUGCCGAAAAAUAGGCCGAUCAGAUGUAGCGUUUUGCACAUGCGUAGAACCGAGUUGAACCGAUUGCGUUACGUAUUGCGCAGUGACAGUGCCUUCUAAAAUCAAUAGAGCAUCGUGAUGGAAAUUUUGUCUCUUUUUAGAGAGCCGACUCUUUCGGCUCCCAAGUGGCACCUCAGAUUUUUGUUGUUGUCUUAAAUUAAUUUAUUACCACUUGAUGUGAAUUGUGUAAAAUGAAUUACUCAUGUAAAAAUACAUGAUAUCAAAUAUUUAUUAUUUAAAUGGAUUUAUUUAAACCUCAAUGAGUAGCUACAAAAAGAAUGUUAUAUUAUAAAUAAAAUACAAAAACAAAGACCCAUCUCAAUAGAAGUGACGCGAACCGCUACCUGUCGUUGGUAUCAAAGAGCCGUCUCUUUGAGCCGAUUCUUUCGUGACCGACAGGUCACCAAUAGAGCAGGGGUCAGGAACCUUUUUGGCUAAGAGAGCCAUGUAAGCCACAUAUUUGCAAAUGUAUUUCCAUGAGAGCCAUAUCAUAUUUUUUAACAUUGAAUACACCUAAAUGUGUGCAUUUUUACGCAUUUUAAAUUACAAUAAGUCUCUGAAUGUAUUCUUUUUAAUAGCAUUGCUAUAUGAAGCUACAGUAUACCAAUAAUAAAUCAAAUACUUCUUACUCGGGCUGCAACAAUAUAUGUAUCUGUAUCGAACCGUUCAAUACACAUGCGUACCGAACCGUGACCCCUGUAUGGGACAAUACGCAGUUUCAUAUCAAGUUCUGACGCCGCUCUGUGCUGAAAGCUCAGUGUAUCUGCGAUCAACUAUUCAGGCUUAGGUUGCAUUUUCAAGCACAGAGUCACUGAGCUCCGCCUCCCACAUUCAUACCAUGCUGAAAAUGUUGAAACAUUAGAAAAAUGUUGGCAAUUUCAACCAAAUUCAAAUGAAAAAGGUAAUUUGGCAAGGUAAUUUAUUUUCGUGGGGGUGAUAAUAAGACAGAAGUUGCAUGGCACGCAUUUGCACUCAUAUGCUUGCAAAGUUGCCGUCUGACCAUCGUCUAUGUGACGUGACCACAGCUGGAACAAAGAAAUAAUAAAUAAAGAAAUUACAUUUGAAGUGCUCCUCCCUGAGCUACCACCUUAACGUGGUGGAGGAGUUUGCGUGUCCCGAUGAUCCUAGGAGCUAAGUUGUCAGAGGUUUCUAUGCCCCUGGUAGGGUCACCCACGACAAACAGGUCCUAGGUGAGGGACCAGACAAAGAGUAGCUCAAUAGACCUCUAUGAUGACAAAAAACAGUGGACCACGUUUUCCCUUGCUCGGACGCGGGUCACCGGGGCCCCCCUCUGGAGCCAGGCCUGGAGGAGGGGCACGAUGGCGAGCGUCUGGUGGCCGGGCCUACGCCCAUGGGGCCCGGCCGGGCACAGCCCGAAGAGACAACAUGGGUCCCCCCUCCAAUGAGCUCACCACUCAUGGGAGGGGCCAAAGGGGUCGGGUGCAAAGUGAGCUGGGUGACAGCCGAAGACGGGGACCUUGGCGGUCCAAUCCUCAGCUACAGAAACUAGCUCUAGGGACAUGGAAUGUCACCUCUCUGGUAAGAGCCUGAGCUGGUGCAUGAGGUUGAGAAGUUCCGGCUAGAUAUAGUCGGACUCACCUCAACGCACAGCAAGGGCUCUGGAACCAGUCCUCUUGAGAGGGGUUGGACCUUGUUCCACUCUGGCAUUGCCAGCACUGAGAGGCGACGGGCAGGGGUGGCAAUUCUUGUUGUGCCCCGGCUUGUGGCCGGCAUGUUGGAGUUUAACCCGGUGAACGAGAGGGUAGUUUCCCUCCGCCUUCGAGUGGGGGGACGGGUCCUGACUGUUGUGUGUGCUUAUGCGCCAAACAGCAGUUCAGAAUACCCACCUUUUUUGGAGUCUCUAGAGGAAGUACUGGAGAGUGCUCCCUCAGGCGAUUCCCUUGUUCUGCUGGGGGACUUCAAUGCUCACGUUGGCAGCGACAGUGAGACCUGGAGAGGCGUGAUUGGGAGGAACGGCCCCCCUGAUCUGAACCCGAGCGGUGCUUUGUUAUUGGACUUCUGUGCUCAUCACAGAUUGUCGAUAACAAACACAAUGUUCAAGCAUAAGGGUGUCCACAUGUGCACUUGGCACCAGGACACUCUAGGCCGCACUUCCAUGAUUGACUUUGUGGUCGUAUCAUCGGACUUGCAGCCAUAUGUUUUGGACACUCGGGUGAAGAGAGGGGCGGAGCUGUCAACUGAUCACCACCUGGUGGUAAGUUGGCGCCGAUGGUGGGGGAGGAUGCCGGUCAGACCUGGCAGGCCCAAACGUAUUGUGAGGGUCUGCUGGGAACGACUGGCAGAGUCCCCUGUCAGAAGGAGUUUCAACUCCCACCUCCGGGAGAGCUUCGACCAUGUUCCGAGGGAGGUGGCGGACAUUGAGUCUGAAUGGGCCAUGUUCCGUGCCUCUAUUGUCGAGGCAGCUGAUCGCAGCUGUGGCCGUAAGGUGGUUGGUGCCUGUCGUGGCGGUAAUCCCAGAACCCGUUGGUGGACACCAGUGGUGAGGGAUGCCGUCAAGAUGAAGAAGGAGUCCUAUCGGGCCUUUUUGGCUUAUGGGACUCCGGAAGCAGCUGACAGGUAUCGGCAGGCCAAGCGGUCUGCGGCUCUGGCAGUCGCUGAGGCAAAAACUCGGACAUGGGAGGAGUUCGGAGAAGCCAUGGAGAACGACUUCCGGACGGCUUCGAAGAGAUUCUGGACCACCAUUCGGCGUCUCAUGAGGGGGAAGCAGUGCACAGUCAACACCGUGUAUGGUGGGGAUGGUGUGCUGCUGACCUCAACUCGGGAUGUUGUGGAUCGGUGGAAAGAAUACUUCGAAGACCUCCUCAAUCCCACCGACACGUCUUCCUAUGAGGAAGCAGAGCCUGGGGACUCCACGGUGGGCUCUCCUAUCUCUGGGGCUGAGGUUGCCGAGGUUGUCAAAAAGCUCCUCGGUGGCAGGGCCCCGGGGGUGGAUGAGAUCCGCCCGGAGUUCCUUAAGGCCAUGGAUGCUGUAGGCAUGUCUUGGUUGACACGACUCUGCAGCAUCGCGUGGACAUCGGGGGCAGUGCCUCUGGAUUGGCAGACCGGGGUGGUGGUUCCCCUUUUUAAGAAGGGGGACCGGAGGGUGUGUUCCAACUAUCGUGGAAUCACACUCCUCAGCCUCCCUGGUAAGGUCUAUUCAGGGGUUCUGCAGAGGAGGAUCCGCCGGAUAGUUGAAUCUCGGAUUCAGGAGGAGCAGUGUGGUUUUCAUCCUGGUCGUGGAACUGUGGACCAGCUCUACACUCUCAGCAGGGUCCUUGAGGGUGCAUGGGAGUUUGCCCAACCAGUCUACAUGUGUUUUGUGGACUUGGAGAAGGCAUUCGACCGUGUUCCUCGAGGAAUUUUGUGGGGAGUACUCCGGGAGUAUGGUGUAUCGGACCAGCUAAUUCAAGCUAUUCGUUCCCUGUAUGACCGGUGUCAGAGUUUGGUUCGCAUUGCCGGCAGUAAGUCGGACCCGUUUCCAGUGAAGGUUGGACUCCGCCAGGGCUGCCCUUUGUCACCAAUUCUGUUCAUUAUUUUUAUGGACAGAAUUUCUAGGCGCAGCCAGGGCGUUGAGGGGUUCCGGUUUGGUGGCUGCAGGAUUGAGUCUCUGCUUUUUGCAGAUGAUGUGGUCCUGCUGGCUUCAUCAAGCCGUGAACUUCAACUUUCACUGGAUUGGUUCGCAGCCGAGUGCGAAGCGGCCGGGAUGAGAAUCAGCACCUCCAAGUCCAAGUCCAUGGUUCUCGCCCGGAAAAGGGUGGAAUGCCAUCUCCAGGUCGGGGAUGAGAUCCUGCCCCAAGUGGAGGAGUUUAGGUACCUUGGGGUCUUAUUCACGAGUGAGGGAAGGAUGGAACGCGAGAUCGAUAAGCGAAUUGGUGCGGCGUCUGCAGUGAUGCAGACUCUACAUCGGUCUGUUGUGGUGAAGAGAGAGCUAAGCCAAAAGGCAAAGCUCUCAAUUUACUGGUCGAUCUACGUUCCUACCCUCACCUAUGGUCAUGAGCUUUGGGUAAUGACCGAAAGGACAAGAUCGCGGGUACAAGCGGCCGAAAUGAGUUUUCUCCGUAGGGUGGCUGGGCUCUCCCUUAGAGAUAGGGUGAGAAGCACUGUCAUCCGGGAGAGACUCCGAGUAGAACCACUGCUCCUCCGCAUUGAGAGGAGCCAGAUGAGGUGGCUUGGGCAUCUGGUCAGGAUGCCUCCCGGACGCCUCCCUGGUGAGGUGUUCAGGGCAAGUCCGACCGGUAAAAGGCCUCGGGGAAGACCCAGGACACGUUGGAGGGACUAUGUUUCCCAACUGGCCUGGGAACGCCUCGGGAUCCGCCGGGAGGAGCUGGACGAAGUGGCCGGGGAGAGGAAAAUCUGGGCCUCCGUGCUUAGGCUGUUGCCCCCGCGACCCGAUCUCGGAUAAGCGGUAGAAGAUGGAUGGAUGGAUGGGCAUUUGAAGUGCAACAGAAAAAGAAGAUACUGUAGCAGGCUGUAGAGGCUAAAAAGUACUGCUGGUAUUUUGAAGGUGGAUACCCAAUAUAUUUCAUAUGUCGCUCCUACGAGGACUGCUGUGGGACUCGCUGCUGUGUGAGGGCUCUGUCCAUCCAGAGACUCUGGUACUUCUGG